CCGCAUCCGCGCGGCUGCGCCACCACUCUCCUCUUGUCUGUUAUCCAGAAUCCAAAGCAAUCUAACCACCAAAACUUUUCUGCAUAGAAGUGCGAGCUCUGGUCUCGACAGUCCACGGCCCACAAUCUACAUACCAUAUAUUAGAGCGGCCGUGAAAGGCGAUGGCUUUGUGGGUGAGAACUACAAUGGCUAAGUACUGUAGCUACUCCACUCAGCUUCCUAUCCAUUUCGCCGAGAGACCCAUUUCUGCUUUCCCCGCCAAACGCCUUCUUACAGUUCGUUCCAAGGCUUUCUCCGUCCAAGCUUCCGCUAAAGAUGGUUCAUCAACUAGUGUUGGAUUUCUGGGUCUGGGAAUUAUGGGGUCUCCAAUGGCGCAAAAUCUUUUAAAAGCUGGGUGUGAUGUAACUGUGUGGAAUAGGACGAAGAGCAAAUGUGACCCUUUGAUAAGCUUAGGUGCAAAAUAUAAACCUUCUCCUGAGGAAGUAGCUGCUGAAUGUGAUGUGACAUUUGCUAUGCUUGCUGAUCCUGAUAGUGCAGGGUUUUGUGUGUGUGUGUGUGUGUUGAUUCUGAUGUUCAUGAAUUUUACUGCCAGUUAUGUAGAUGUCUCAACUGUAGAUGGUGGGACUUCUAAAUUGAUCAACCAACGUAUCAAGUCUACCGGUGCAUCAUUUUUGGAGGCUCCUGUCUCUGGUUCGAAAAAGCCGGCAGAAGAUGGCCAACUGAUCUUUCUCACUGCCGGUGACAAACCUCUCUAUGACUUGGCGUCUCCUUUCUUGGACAUAAUGGGGAAGUCGAGAUUCUACCUUGGCGAUGUUGGAAAUGGAGCUGCUAUGAAACUUGUAGUCAACAUGAUGAUGGGAAGUAUGAUGGCUACUCUCGCUGAAGGACUGCUGUUGAGCGAGAAAGUAGGGCUCGACCCAAACGUGUUAGUCGAGGUACUGUCACAAGGCGCCAUAAGCGCUCCAAUGUACUCGAUGAAAGGACCAUCGAUGAUCAAAUCCGCCUAUCCUACAGCUUUCCCACUAAAACAUCAGCAGAAGGACAUGAGGCUUGCUUUGGGUCUAGCAGAAUCUGUUUCACAGCCAACACCAAUUGCAGCAGCUGCUAAUGAGCUGUAUAAGGUGGCAAAAGCUCGUGGACUUAGUGAUGACGAUUUUUCUGCUGUCAUUGAAUCAUUGAGAGCAAAGCUAGGCUCUUCAUGAACACAAGGGAGAGACUAGGUUUUCUAUCGAAGAGCUUCCUUUAGCGUUUAGACCAUUGCUAAACUGAUAUCUUAUGGAAUAUGGAUAGAGCAUAGUCCCUUGUUGUUGCUUGCAAGCAACCCUCUUCUCAAUUCUCGUUUUCGGUUCCAUUCUUGCUUCCAAAAUCCAAAUGCUUGUAGAAACUAAAAUGUGAGAAACAAGGAGAAUUUUGAACGUUUCAUGUGCC